GUCAUCGUUGGAGUUGCCUGAGGCUGCUUGAAACUUGAGUGCGCCGAGUCUUGCCACUCAUAUACCUCUAGUCCCUUGCGUCACCACUAUUCGGGUAGCACAUCAGCUCACCACCAGUCUAUCAUCACCAGCAGUCAUGGCCAGCACCAGGUUCGCCGAGGUCCAGAUGGCGCCGCCCAUCGAGGUGUUCGCCGUGAGCAAAGCCUUCACGGACUCCACUCACGAGAAGAAGGUCAAUCUCAGUGUGGGAGCUUACCGCACAGACGAUAGCAAGCCAUGGGUGCUGCCAGUGGUGAGGAAGGUGGAGAAGAUGCUGGCAGAGGACGACUCUCUCAACCACGAGUACUUCCCCAUCCUUGGCCUGGAGGCGUUCAGCACAGCUGCCUCCAAGAUCCUGCUGGGAGACUCACACCCAGCGUUUGGCGAGGGCAGGGUCACCUCAGUGCAGACACUCUCCGGCACGGGUGGUCUGCGUGUGGCAGCAGACUUCCUGCACGGAGUCCUCAAGUAUACCUCUGUGUACUAUUCCAGCCCAACUUGGGGUAACCACCGCCUGAUCUUCCAGCUCGCCGGCUUCACCAACCUGUGCACUUACCGCUACUGGGAUGCUGAGAAACGUGGCCUCAACAUUGAGGGAAUGCUGGAGGACUUGUCCAAGGCUCCUGAGAACUCUGUGGUCAUCCUACAUGCAUGUGCUCACAAUCCUACUGGUGUUGAUCCCACACAGGACCAGUGGAAGAGGAUUGCUGACUUGAUUGAGAGCAGAAAGCUUUUCCCUCUGUUUGAUUCAGCCUACCAAGGGUUUGCCUCCGGAGACCUGGACCACGACGCUUGGGCCGUGCGCUACUUUGCCGACCGUGGCUUUGAGAUGAUGGGCACUCAGUCCUUCUCCAAGAACUUUGGCCUUUAUAAUGAGCGCAUUGGUAACCUGGUGCUGAUGCUGAAGGACCCCUCCUGCAUCCCUGCUGUGCGGUCCCAGCUGACCCUGCUGGUGCGAGGCUGCUACUCCAACCCUCCCUGCCACGGUGCACGCAUUGUCACCAAGGUGCUCACUGACCCAGCUCUCUUUGAGGAAUGGAAGGAAUGCAUCCGGACAAUGAGUGGACGCAUCAAGGAGAUGAGAAAAGGCCUGAGGGAGCGACUGGAGAAGCUGGGGACUCCUGGUACCUGGGACCACAUCACUGCCCAGAUUGGGAUGUUCUCCUUCACUGGCAUGACAGGUAAGCAUCCCGCUACUGUCUUCUGUCAAUGUUAUCUUACUGCAUCCCUUCCUCAGCUGCACAAGCCAAGCACCUCGCCGACAAGUAUCACAUCUUCCUCCUCUCCAGCGGAAGGAUAAACAUGUGUGGCAUCACCACCGGCAACAUUGACUAUGUUGCUGAGGCCAUCCACGAUGCCGUCUCCAACGUUACCCAGGCUUAGAGGUCCUGAAUUCAGGGUGGUAGUUCAGCAUUCACAUGCUGUAGUGUUGUAAUUCCACAGAGGAAGAUACAGAAAGUGCGCAUGUGUAGGGCAGUCUGUCACAGCAUUAAUUGUUUUUAGUUCUAAGUCACAGUGUUAUGGUACUUGUUAAAACAUUUAAAUUAUCAUCUUUGUGAGAUUACUUUUUUUAUUCCUGCAUUUAAUGAGUCAGUACUCAUCUGUGAUAAUUAAAUUAGUAAGAAGUCUAAAAAAUGUUAACAAAUUGUUAUUAAUGCAAGCAUUACCAAAGAGGAGAUCUGUGAGGGGACGGGAAAGGAAGCACCAGCACAGCGACGGUGUGGCUCUGCUCGCCAGCUCAGGUGGAGAACCCAGCACUGCUCAGCACAAUAGGAAACACAGGGUCAUGCACUGCAUAUUCCAGUACAACUAUUUUUACCAUUUAGAUAGAAGUAGAAAAAGGGUUAUACCUUGAAUUUUUGGUACCUUCAGUUUAAUGGUAAAAAAAAAAGAUUAUCGUACUUCCUUUAAUAUUCCUUGUAAGUUCAUUCAGACCACAUCUCUGAUGUAGCUUCACAAUAAAUUAAAAUAAAAUAAAAAAAUAAAUAAAAUAUUGAAUACACUAACUGACAGCCUUUUGCAGAAGUCACUCCAUCAGAGAAAGGUAAUGUGUCUAGAAUAUGCGUGAAGCAGCAGACUUUGAGGCAAGCUGUUGUUGGACACUGGUUGAGUGCAUGACGUAUGGGAGCCAGUGCCUGGUACUCACUCUGGGGCGUGCAGCCUUGUGGAGAAAUUCACAGGUGCUCAGAUGCAAUGUUUCAUGUAUUGUUUAACAGCAGCAGCAGGGAAUUGCAAAGAGCAACAACAUGUAAAUAUCUAAGAUGUAUAUUUAUAUACACAAGCCUUCAGCUCAUCAAUAAAUAAUAUCUUGUC